AAACGUGCUAAAAUUACAUUUAUUAUCUUAAGUUCCUCGUGCGAACAGCACGUGAAAUUUGUUUUACAAUUUUUGCGACUUUAUUUGUAGUGUCUUUUAGGUGUACUGCGUAGUUGAAUAUGAUCUUACUAAUAUGGACCGUCGUGCUGGUCAUGGUGCUGACACUGUUUUUCCGUCAGACAUAUUCCAAGUUUAGUAAACAUGGUGUCAAGAACUUGAAGAUUGUCCCUUUUUUCGGCAAUAUGUUGAAAGUAUUUUUACGCAAAGAACAUUUCGUUGUUGAAAUGGAGAAAAUGUACAAACAAUUUCCAAAUGAAAGAUUUGUAGGAAGAUACGAGUUUAUCAAGCCGAUGAUUGUACUUCAAGAUCUUGAACUAAUAAAAAAUAUUACUAUAAAAGAUUUCGAACAUUUUCUUGAUCAUCGAGGUUUUACUGACGAUUCAGUUGAGCCACUGUUCGCAAGAAAUUUGUUCUCAUUAAAAGGACAGGAAUGGAAAGAUAUGCGUUCAACUCUGAGCCCAGCGUUCACGAGCUCUAAAAUAAAAUUGAUGGUACCUUUCAUGGAGGAAGUGGGCGAGCAAAUGAUACGAGCGAUAAAGAAAAAACUUAAGGAAUCAGAAAAUGGAUGUAUUGAGGUAGAUGUCAAGGACCUAACAUCACGUUUCGCGAACGACGUAAUCGCUUCCUGCGCAUUUGGUCUGAAAGUAAAUUCCCACACUGACGAAGAAAACCAAUUUUAUGAAAUGGGAAAGACAGCUUCUACGUUUAAAUUUCGACAAAUGUUGCUCUUCUUUGUUAUAUCUGCUUUUCCGGGUCUUGCAAAUAUAUUAAAAUUGAAAUUAUUCUCAAAUGAAACUAAGAGGUUCUUUAUAGACCUAGUAAUGGGCACAAUGAAAGACAGAGAAGUUCGUAACAUAAUCAGACCUGACAUGAUUCAUCUACUCAUGGAGGCUAAAAAAGGUCAACUAUCACACGAUGAAAAAAACGGUAGUAACAACGAACAAGAUACCGGCUUUGCUACUGUAGAAGAAUCGUCAGUUGGGAAAAAAACCAUCAAUAAAGUUUGGUCCGACACCGAUCUCAUCGCUCAAGCUGUGUUAUUUUUCAUUGCUGGCUUUGAAACAAUAUCAAUCGCAAUGUCCUUUACUCUUCAUGAGCUGGCAGUUCAUCCUGAGAUCCAGGAGCGCCUGGCAAAAGAGAUCAAGGACUAUGAUGCUAAAAAUGGUGGUAAGCUGAACUUCAGUUCCAUCCAGAACAUGGCGUACUUAGACAUGGUAACGUCUGAAGCACUUAGACUAUGGCCACCAGUUUUAGCUCUGGACCGAAUUUGUGUUAAAGACUAUAAUAUGGGAAAACCUAACCCUUCAGCGACCAAGGAUUAUUUUAUGCGUAAAGGAGAAAUCCUUUCAAUACCGGUUUGGAGUAUUCAUCGUGAUCCUAAAAUAUUUUCGAACCCAAACAAGUUUGACCCUGAACGAUUCUCCGAAGACAACAAGCACAAUAUUAAUCCCAUGACGUACAUGCCUUUUGGUGUUGGUCCACGAAACUGUAUAGGUUCAAGAUUUGCUCUUUGCGAGCUAAAGGUGUUGCUGUACCAAAUUCUGCUUCAUACAGAAGUAUUAGUAUCGGAAAAAACUCGAAUUCCUGUUAAACUGGCACCCGAGUCAUUUAAUCCUCGAAUUGAUGGCGGUCAUUGGUUAAAAUUCAAGGCUCGUAAAUAAGUGCAAUAUUAAUGUUAAUGUAUUUUUUUGAAAAAUAAAAGUUAAUUAUUUGAAA